AUGUCCGCCCUCAAGAAAGCGCUCAACAAACUCAAGCCCCGCUCCGGCGACAACAGCGCCGCUCAGAGCGACAAUGAAUCCGUCGACAGCGGCCUGAUCAAUGGCACCAGCAGAACUAACAGCGUUGCCCCAGUCAACGGCGACACGUCCCCCCGACGGUCCAGUGGAGCAUUUACCCGCAGCAGCGGCACCUUUGGCCGCAACAGUGCACAGUUCAGUCGGCGGAGUCUGGACGAUGGCAGCCACAGGCGUACCCUCAGCCCCAUGAAGGCCGUCAAGCAGAAGCUGCACAUCGGCGAUGACUCGUCUUCCGACGACACUCCCCUCAACCGGGAAGGCGAGCACAUGAGCAAGAACCAGCAGCGGAAGCACGAGAAGCAGGCCGAGCUCGAGAAGCGGAAGCUGGAGAACAAGAAGCGCGAAGAGGAGGAGGCCAAGAAGCGGCAGGAGGAGGACGAGCGCGCCAGGAGGGAAGAGCCGCCGGAAGUGCGCGAGCGGUACGGCGUCCUCCCGGUCAACAACUACGCGGGAGAGUGGAAGCACGAGGAACGGACCAAUUUGCUUCAGAUCUCCGCCAAAGACGUGGGCAAGGAGGUCACCUUCAGAGCCCGCAUCCACAAUGUGCGCAAGAUGAGUUCCAAGCUCGUCUUCUUCGUCUUCCGGCAGCAGACGGCUACAAUCCAGGGCGUGCUUCAAGAGCAUGGCGCGAUAUCGCACCACAUGAUGUGGUGGGCCGAGCACAUUGACGUCGAGUCCGUUGUGCUCGUCAAGGGCAUAGUGCAGGAGCCCAAGGCCAAGCAGGGUGAGGUCAUUGGAGCAACCAUCCACGAUGCGGAGAUAUCUGUCCAUUGGCUCCACGUCGAGGCUCAGGUCACUGACAGCUUGCCAUUUACUGUUGCGGAAGCCGAGGUCACGAAGAAGGAGACGGAAGACGAAGACGACCAUCGAGUGGUUGUGUCCGACAGGACUCGGUGGGCCAAUCGCAUCAUCGACCUGCGAACCACUGCCUCUCAAAGCAUCUUCCGCAUUCAGGCGGGUAUCUGCAACCUCUUCCGCUCAUAUCUUGAUGAUCAUGGCUUUGUUGAGAUCCACACGCCCAAGCUGCAAGGAGGCGCCACAGAGUCAGGCGCAAGUGUCUUCAAGAUUGACUACUUCGGUCGGCCAGCGUUCUUGGCGCAGAGUCCACAGCUAGCCAAGCAGAUGUGCAUAUCAGCAGACUUCGGCAGGGUGUAUGAGAUCGGUGCCGUCUUCCGCGCCGAGAACAGCAAUACUCAUCGACACAUGACCGAGUACACCGGUCUCGAUAUCGAGAUGGCGAUAGAUGAGCACUAUUAUGAGGUCCUGCGAGUCCUCGACCACACGUUCAAAGCCAUCUUCAAGGGCAUAUACGAAAGGUACGGUCACGAAUUGGAGGUCAUCAAGCGCAAGUUCCCGCACGAAGACCUAGUUUGGCGUGAGGAUACACCGAUCAUUCCCUUCAAAAUGGGCAUCAGGAUGCUCAACGAGUCCGGCUGGCGAGACGAGAACGGCAACGAACUGCCGGAGACGGAGGAUCUUGGAACCAGGGACGAGAUCCAGCUCGGCAAACUUGUGAAGGAGCAGUACAACACCGACUACUAUGUGCUCGACAAGUUCCCAGCCUCCGCCCGGCCUUUCUACGCCAUGCCUGACCCUAACGAUCCGACGGUCACCAACUCCUUUGAUAUCUUCCUCCGAGGCCAAGAGAUCCUGAGCGGUGGUCAGCGUGUGCACGACUCGAAGACCCUGAUUGCACAGAUGGAGAAGCUGAAGGUUGAUCCGCGAACGAUGGAGGAGUAUAUUCAGGGCUUCGAGUGGGGCGCGCCCCCUCAUGGCGGCGGCGGCAUCGGGUUGGAGCGCAUGCUUAUGCUACUCCUCAACCUCGGCGAUAUCCGACACGGCUCCCUCUUCCCAAGAGAUCCCAAGAGCCUGCCGGCGAAGCCAGCGAUCAAGCAGCUCCGACACCCAGAAGCGAGUACCCUCCACCCGCCAUGGGAAGGCAAGGACAAAGUCCUCGCACAAGAAGAACUUCAGCCCAUCGAGAAGCUCAUCGCCAACUACGGCGACGCGACCAACACAUCCUACCUGGAAGAGCGCACCCAAAUCUGGCGCGACGAGCACACCGGUGCCGCAAUCGGGUACGCCGUCCAAGACGGCUUCGCCAUCACGCUCGGCGACCCGCUGUGCCACCCGUCCCAAUACACCAAAACCAUCGCCGGGUACCUCAAGUUCAUCAAAAAAGAGCGCAGCCUCAAACCGCUCUGGAUGCUCGUCGGCGCCGCCGUCGAAGAAGUCCUAGCUGAGCGCUUCAACUGGCGCACCUUCUCCUGCGUCGCCGAGCAGCGCGUCGACCCCUCCAACAACGCCGCCCAGCACGACUCCGAGAUCCAGCGCAAGAUCCGACAUGCCGAGAAGGAAGGCAUCAAGAUCACCGACAUCCCCAUCGGCGACCCCGUGCCCCAAGACGUCCGCAGAAAAGUCGAUGCGAGAGUGCAGGACUGGCUUGCGAACCGCAAGGGCCGCCAAGUCCAUCUCACGGACAUCCAUCCCUGGAAGGAUAUGGAGCACCGCCAGUACCACUACGCAGCCGACAAGGACGGCACGAUGCACGCGCUCGUCGUGAUGGCGCAGCUCUCCCCCGACCACGGCUGGCAAGUGAAAUACAGCCUCGACUUCCCCGGCGCGCCAUCAGGAACCAUCGAGUACAUCGUCACGCACGCGCUCAAGGUGGUCGCGGCCGCGGGCGCCACAAACGUGACGUUCGGCGGCGGCGCGAGCAGCCAUUUCACCCCCGGACACAACCUUAAGGGCGCCCGCGUCAAGGUCCUGAGCAAGGCUUACCAUGCCAUUGCCUCGGAGCUGAAGCUCACCAAUAAGAGCGAGUUCAGGGAGAAGCUGGGCGCCCAGGCGGAUCCGGUCUAUGUGUGUUAUCCGCCGCAUGGGCUGGGGCCGAUGGGUGUCAAGGCUAUCCUUGCGUUUUUGGAGGAUGAGUGA